AAAUUCAACCAUUUUAGCUGAUAAUUUUCAAUAUGUGACGGCUACUGGGUGAACGCUGCUGCUUAUUUCCCCCCUUCAAUUUUUAUAUUCUGCCUGUGAAUUUUAUUUUCUAUCGUAGCAUUUCCAUUCAAGCUUCAACCGUUGAUUCCGAGUUAAGAGAUUCUUUUUGAGAAAUUUUCUGAUCAAUUAAGUCUAGGUUUUCAAUUCUUGGCACGCUUUGAAAUUCGAAUAGUCGCAGACCAAUGUUUUAGGGAUUUCGGGAAUCGGGUUACGAUUUGUGAGUGGCUUUGAUCUAUUUAUGAAAUUUGGUUGAAUCCAGACAUGUAUAGCAAUUUCAAGGAGCAAGCUAUAGAGUUCGUGAAGCAGGCGGUGCAGGAAGAUAAUGCUGGCAAUUAUGCCAAGGCCUUCCCGUUGUAUAUGAACGCCUUGGAGUACUUCAAAACUCAUUUGAAGUAUGAGAAGAAUCCGAAGAUCAAGGAAGCCAUUACCCAGAAAUUCACCGAGUAUUUGCGCCGUGCUGAGGAGAUACGUGCUGUGCUCGAUGAUGGCGGUCCUGGACCGGCUUCCAAUGGAGAUGCAGCUGUUGCGACUAGGCCGAAGACGAAACCUAAGGAUGGAGAAGGAGGAGAUGGAGAGGAUCCAGAACAGGCUAAGCUGCGGGCCGGUCUUAAUUCCGCGAUCAUAAGGGAGAAGCCGAACGUCCAGUGGAACGACGUCGCUGGAUUGGAGAGCGCCAAGCAGGCAUUGCAAGAGGCGGUAAUCCUACCCGUGAAGUUCCCGCAGUUCUUUACUGGCAAGAGGCGACCAUGGAGAGCUUUCUUGUUAUAUGGGCCUCCUGGAACGGGAAAAUCAUACUUGGCAAAGGCUGUUGCAACAGAAGCCGACUCAACAUUCUUCAGCAUUUCUUCUUCGGACCUUGUCUCAAAAUGGAUGGGUGAAAGUGAAAAGCUAGUUUCAAAUCUUUUUCAAAUGGCUCGUGAUAGUGCUCCAUCCAUCAUCUUUAUUGAUGAAAUAGAUUCCUUGUGUGGUCAGCGAGGUGAAGGUAAUGAAAGUGAAGCUUCUAGACGCAUCAAGACAGAACUUCUUGUGCAGAUGCAGGGUGUAGGUCACAACGAUCAAAAAGUUCUUGUUCUUGCUGCAACCAAUACUCCCUACGCUUUGGAUCAGGCCAUUCGUCGGCGAUUCGAUAAGCGGAUAUACAUCCCUCUUCCUGAUUUGAAAGCCAGGCAGCACAUGUUCAAAGUGCAUCUGGGGGAUACUCCACAUAAUUUGACAGAAGCAGAUUUUGAAAACUUAGCACGCAGGACGGAUGGGUUCUCGGGAUCGGAUAUUUCAGUUUGUGUGAAGGACGUGCUCUUUGAACCUGUUCGUAAAACUCAAGAUGCCAUGUUCUUCAUUAAGAAUCCUGAUGGCAUGUGGGUGCCCUGUGGACCAAAGCAACCAGGCGCUGUCCAAAUUACGAUGCAAGAGCUAGCAGCAAAAGGACUCGCCUCACAGAUUCUUCCUCCCCCAAUAACAAGAACAGAUUUUGACAAGGUGGUAGCUAGACAAAGGCCUACAGUGAGUAAAGCUGAUCUCGAGGUUCAUGAAAGGUUUACAAAAGAGUUUGGGGAGGAAGGUUGAGGAGUUUGUGAAUACCAAUUUAUCACUUCUCCCACCAGUGUUGUAUUUCAUUUGCCAUUCCCAUAAUCUGACAAAUCUAUAUAUCUUUCAUUUUUCUAUUCAAUGGGAAAGCAGACAUGACAUUUUGUAUUGUUCUGGAAAUAUUUAAGUCUGACCUUUCUCAACUCACCAAUUUGUGUAUAGUUACAAACAUUUGAAAUAAUUAAUGGUGUUUGCCCAUGUUAGUU